GUCCUCAGUGAGCUAUGAGGAAUCUGAACUGUUCACCCCUAUUGAGCAGUGGAAUAUCCCAGGUAAACAGCUGAUCCAAAAUGGCAGAAGUUGGCAUGGAAGAAAAGCCACGCGUUCUUAUAUUAGGAGGAACUGGAUUUAUUGGAAGGAACCUAGCAGAGUAUUUGGUGUCAAAUGAGCUGGCUGCUAAGGUGCGAGUAGUAGACAAGGUGCCACCAGCCACAGCAUGGUUGGGAGGCAGGCAAAAGGAAAUCUUUCAGAGGAUAGAGUUUAAGUCAGCUAAUCUUAUAAAUCCAGCAUCUGUACAGCGGGCAUUCGAUGAUGAAGUGACCUUUGACCUAGUGGUGAACUGUGCCUCAGAGGGCAGACUCGGCCAGAUGGAGCCGGUAUAUAAUGAAGGAAUUGUUAAGCUGUCCGUCAACUGUGCAAAGGAGGCUGCCCAGAGGGGUGCACGGCGGUAUAUAGAACUGUCCACAGCACACAUCUAUGCACCAGACAAGGUUGCAAGUACGGAGGGGUGUAAGAUUUCUCCAUGGACAGACAUCGCACAACACAAGCUGAGGGCAGAACAAGAGAUCAGCAAUAUUAAAGGGUUAAACUAUGUAGUCCUGAGACCUGCCAUUGUAUAUGGACCUGGAGACAGAACUGGACUCACCCCCAGAAUACUGGUUGGUGCAGUCUACAAGGAGCUGAAGGAGACGAUGAGACUGUUGUGGUCACCCGAGCUGCGUACCAACACGGUACACGUGACGGACGUGUGUCGGGCGAUAUGGCACCUCAGAAACACGGGAAACAGCGGACAGGUCUUCAACUUAGCAGACAAGGGAAACACGACACAGGGCCAAACAACAGAGUUUGUAUCACAGAUCUUCGGCGUCCAAUAUGAGUUUCUGGGGUCGGGAACAGCUGUAUAACAAGCACCUCUGCGUUGAUGGCAGUGCAAUAGAAGCCACAGGGUUUACCUACCAGCACCCGCACCUCACAGUGGACAGCCUUCGAGAGGUAGUGGAAGGGUUUGCUGCUCAGGACCUCUUUCCAAGGUCACUACUGUCAUGAGGAACACCUGUUUUUACCACAUGUGCCUACUUGACACCUGUUUUGCAUCUGUUACAACAACAGGUGUGCACCUUUCAGUACACCAGAUACACACCUGUCAGUACAACAGGUGUGCACCUGUCAGUACAACAGAUACACACCUGUCAGUAAAGUAGGUGUGCACCUGUCAGUACAGUAGGUGUGCACCUGUCAGUACAGUAGGUGUGCACCUGUCAGUACAGUAGGUGUGCACCUGACAGUACAGUAGGUGUGCACCUGUCAGUACAGUAGGUGUGCACCUGACAGUACAGUAGGUGUUCACCUGUCUCUACACCAAAUCAGCUUGACUAUGAGCUACCCUAACAACAAAGCCACCAUGUGCUUUUAUACUCUGACAUAGUGUCCUUUGUUAAGUUGCUAUAGAUAAAGUUUCAAACAAUGCUGAUAAUGAGGUCGUAUUGGAACAACCUUGAAAGUGCCCAUAUCUUCAAGUUGCCAUUUGAAACAAGGGGGUUGAAUAAUUGCAUGAAGGUUCAUCUUUGACAGUUAUCGAUAAAGUAAGAAAAACUUCACGUCCGAUGUCCAAUACACAAAGUCAAGCCCUUACCAACAAGCCUUUGGUCAGUCCUCUGACCACCCUCAAGUUUAAAUGACCCAUCUUGCAAGUCUAGACAAGACAAAUUAAACCUUCUCUCCAUGAUGCCUAACGCUAUACGCAUAUACAGAUGUGGUGCCAAAAGCUUUCACAGUAUUGCAAGGGUUAAGGAAUUGUAUGUGCCAGUUUCUUUGACUAUCUUAAAGGCUAUAAUUAUUUGAUUAUACAUACACAUGUAUGGAUGACAUAAUGCACACAUCAAUUAUCGAGAAGAUUAAUGAAAGGGCUUCCAAUGCUAAUUUAUAGCACACUACCCAAGUAUUUAAGACUAUUUUAGCAUGCUAGAGAGUUUUCAGUGUUGUAGCUGGCCUUGCAAUUGGAUGCAAUCAUAUCUGUAAUUCGACGCAAAAUUCUGCCAAAUUUUCAAAACUGCCUUAUGAAAAGUUUCCAAAAUAUCAUAUUACUUACAAAAGGAGCUGAGACUGAAGUAGAAGACUGGAAAACUAGGUUUAAGAAUGAGAUGAUUAUA